AACACCCAAUUUCUCAACUUAGAGUCCACAGAUGAAAGACUAAAUCUUUCAGGACUAUAUACCACAUCAUGAAGACUUUAAGCUAUGCAAUAGCUAUGGCAGCAGAGAAGCGUAAGGUCUAUAUAGCAAUGCUCUUCAUACAUUGUGUGUAUGCAGGUAUGGCCUUGUUCUCUAAGGCAGCAAUUUCUAAAGGAAUGAACCCUUUUGUCUUUGUGGUCUAUCGCCAAGCUUUCGCCUUCCUGGCCUUGGCUCCAUUAGCUUUCUUCUUUGAAAGUUCAAAAGAAGUUCCUCUUUCCUAUACCUUGCUCAUCAAGAUAUUCUUUAUAUCAUUAUUCGGGAUAACCUUGAGUCUAAAUCUGUACUAUGUUGCAAUCAACUACACCUCCGCAACUUUUGCUGCAGCAACCACCACUGCAAUUCCUGCAAUUACUUUUGUUAUGGCAGUUUUACUGAGGAUGGAAAGCAUUUCUAUAAAGCAAGUGCAUGGUGUGGCCAAGGUGUUGGGUUCUGUUAGCAGCCUUUCAGGGGCUUUAGUGUAUGCUUUAAUCAAGGGGCCUCCAUUAAAGUUCAUGAACUGGUUUCCAGAAAAUUUAGACCACCAGAUUCAUACUAAUAGUUCCAGCAAAAUGGAGUGGAUUAAAGGUUCCCUCAUUAUGCUCUCAGCGAACACUGCUUGGUCUUUUUGGCUAAUUUUGCAGGGUCCAAUUGUGAAGGAAUAUCCAGCAAAGCUGAGGCUUACUGCUCUGCAGUGCUUCUUUAGCUGCAUGCAGUCUGCUAUCUGGACAAUUGCAGUGGAGAGAAAGCCUCCAGCUUGGAAGAUUGGAUGGGACAUUCAUCUUCUAGCUGUUGUCUACUGUGGGGUUAUUGUAACUGGGAUUACUUACUGGCUGCAAGUUUGGGCCAUAGAGAAGAAAGGUGCAGUUUUCACAGCAAUGUUCACUCCUCUUGCUCUAAUUAUAACUGCAAUAUUCUCAGCAAUCGUGUGGAAAGAAGCCAUCUACUGGGGAAGUAUUGGUGGAGGUCUAUUGCUGGUUGCUGGUCUCUAUAGCGUCUUGUGGGCAAAGAAGAAAGAAAACCAGGAAAUUGAAGAAAAUAAUCAAAAACAAGAACACAGGGAGGAAAUACUCAUUGUAUAAGUGAUCGAGCAGUUAGUAAGUAAUAAAAUGGAUUAUUAGUGCCACAAUGAGAUUCUUGUGGAGACCAAUUUCGGAUCUGCUGGUGAUAAUCAUUUCUCAGAGUGAUCAUAGUUAACUAUUCUUCAUUCACAUUUAUCUUUCGGGUCUUUGAGGUUUCUAAGUCUGUAGUGAAGUUUUCUGUAUAUAUAGACAUGCUGCAACAAAGUUCAUGUAAGUAAUUUAAUUGAUGCAAGCUAAAAUUUUGGAGCAGAGUUGGACUAUUAAA